AUAAAAACGUAACGUGUGUUUUUGAAAAAAAUUUGUCAAAACAGGAAUUGUGUCUAGUGUCAUUUCGGCAAGUCUGCCAUUUACAUAUACGUGCAAGAUCAGGUUAUUCCGAUUCGUGAACUCGCUAAAUCGCAGAAUUAAACGAAAAGAUUGAAUUUUUACGUUUUGUUAUCUGGAGAUGAAUACACAUUACGAUCAGAAGGAUUCUGCUUAAUAAAAUUACUACUGAACCAUCUAGUUUGGUGUACUAAACCAUUUAGCCGGACAGAAUUUAACAAACCAUUUACCUGUUAUAAAAGAAAAUACCUGUUAUAAAGGGAAGGACGAAGCACAAUGAUUGUGAUUGCAAUUUUGAUGAUGUUAACUAUUCUUCUUAUUACCAUCGUGUUAACUCAACAAAGACCAAAGGACUGUCCACCAGGUCCUUUUCCUUGGCCGUUUAUUGGAAAUCAAUAUUAUUUACGACGAUUAGAGAAAAAAUACGGUGGACCACAUAUGGCCUUUCUGCAUCUCAGCAAAAUGUAUAAUAGUAACGUCAUAGCUUUACGAUUGGGUGGCAAAUAUACAAUUGCUGUUUCAAACAGCAAGCUCAUACAACAAAUCUGCGUUAACGAAAAAUACGAUGGACGUCCUUGGUAUGAGUUUAUGAAGCUACGAAAUUUAGGAAUGAAAAAGGGGCUUACGACAAACGAUGGCCCAGAGUGGAAAGAAUUGCAUAAUUGGUCCGCACGCGCACUAAGACAGGUUGGUUUUGCUAAGCCAGCGAUGGUCGACCUGCUCAAUAACGAGAUGACGCUCAUCACGAAAGGACUAGGGAACGGUAGCGUACAACCUAUACGGCCCGCGUUUGCGCCCGCCGUAAUGAAUGUUCUUUGGUUUUUGGUCACAGGAUCGAAUCCAUCCGAGAAUCCUGAGAGGUUACAGAAUUUUAUAAAUAUGAUGGAUCAUCGAUCGCAACAGUUUGAUAUGACCGGCGGAAUUCUGUCCGCUAUACCUUGGUUACAUUAUAUCGCACCGGAAAUGUCAGGCUACAAUACCAUUGUCACGCUAAACAACAAACUGAAAACCUUUCUAAUGGACACUAUCAACGAGCAUAAAAAACGAUAUAAUAAGGGAAAUGAGUCAGAUUUUAUCGAUUUGUUUCUCCAGAAGAUGUACGAAAGCGAGGGACAGGGAGAGAGAGCCCAUGUGUUUGAUGAUGCUAAUCUGAUUGUGACAUUGAUCGACAUUUUCAUCGCCGGCAUUAGCACUACAACAUUAGAUAUUCUCUUCAUGCAAAUAACAAAUCAUCUAGACGUACAACGCAAGUUGCAUGAGGAGAUCGACGCCGUGAUCGAAAACAGGACUCCCAGUCUGGAGGACAGAAAAAAAAUGCCUUACACGGAAGCUGUAUUAAACGAAAGUCAACGUUUAACAAGUGUGAUGGUUAUAUUCCCACCACAUCGCGCUGUCGAAGAUACAAUCCUUAAUGAUUACAAAAUAGCAAAGGAUACUGUUGUUCUUUUAAAUGUGCAUUGCAACAACAUGAAUCCGGAUGUAUACCUUGAUCCUAAUUCAUUUAGGCCGGAGAGAUAUAUAAACAAGGAUGGAAUUUUUCAAACACAAGAAAAUAUUAUACAAUUCGGAAAAGGGAAAAGAAGAUGUCUCGGAGAAGUUCUGGCAAAAUCGGCUAUAUUCCUACUGUUUGUUGGGGUGAUGCAGAAAUAUCGUUUACUUCCGGUGCCAAGUAAAGGGUCCGUUGAAGCAAAAUUCACCAUCGGAUUAUUGAGGGAAUUGAUGCCUUAUGAAAUAUUAAUCGUUCCCAGAUAAAAAAUGUGUUGUACGAUAUUCACAUAUUGUUAGAUGAAUAAGUUUCUUGUUUAGGAAACAUAUUUCGAAUUAAUUUUAUCAGAUCGACAAGUGUUAAUUUCUAAGUUUGACUAUAAUUCUAUUUAAUAAUGCUUUGUUAUACUUUCUGCUUAAGAUAUGUGUAAGGGAGACCGGGGCUCUUUGUUAGACUUUUGCGUCUUCUAAGUUCUAUAUUCAUUAAAAAAAGAGA